CAUGGCUGCCUUGCAAAGAAGUUUUUCGGCUGUACGGUUGCAAGUGUGCGUUCUGAGGUCAACUUUGCAAAGUUGCAAGCAGUUGAGAGACCAGAGAUGGGUGAAACCAUUCGCCCUCCAACAGAGGGGGUACAGGGCAGCAGUCUGUCACAAAAUCAGUGCUCCCAUGGAAGUGCGGGAUCUUCCAUCCGUGGAAAAAGUCCCAAAAGGCAUGGUGAAAGUUGCAGUCCACAGUACCGGCAUCAACUUUGCAGAUAUCUUGAUGGUGGCUGGUGCGUACCAGGAGAGACCUGAACUGCCAUUUGUGCCAGGGUUUGAAAUGGCUGGAGAAGUGAUGACAGUUGGAGAAGGUGUUACAGCCUUCAAGGAGGGAGACAGAGUGGUAGGACUUCCCAUGCCAAGUGGCAGCUUUGCAGAGGAGUGCCUGGUCAAUGAGAAGGCUUUGUUCCAUCUGCCUGCCUCUGUGGCGUACACUACAGCAGCUGCUGUGCCAGUUUCCUAUGGUACAGCACUCAUGGGCCUCACCAGGAGAGUCAACCUACAACCAGGGGAGACGGUGUUGGUGACAGCUGCAGCAGGUGCUCUGGGUACAGCUGUGGUGGACUUGGCAGCACAUGCUCUAGGUGCUACUGUGAUAGGAGCAGCAGGAAGCCAGGAGAAGUGUGAGUUUGUGCGCAGCAGAGGUGCACAGCACACCGUGGACUACAGUCAGGACAGCAUCAGGGACAGGGUGAAGGACAUCACCCAGGGGAAGGGAUGUGACGUCGCCUUUGAUUCAGUCGGAGGAAAAGUGUUUGAAGAAAGUCUGAAAUGCCUAGCCUGGGAGGGUCGUGUGUUGGUGGCAGGGUUUGCAGGAGGAGACAUCCCCAAAAUCCCAGCCAACAUCCUACUGGUGAAGAACCUGAGUGCAGUGGGACUGUACUGGGGGAGAUACGCCAUGCAGAAUAUUGGAGUGUUACGGCAGACUGUGAUCGCCACUUUGACGUUUAUGGAAGAGGGAAAAAUAAAGGGGCCAUCACAGCCAACAACUUUCAAGCUAGAGCAGGUCAAUGAGGCUGUCAAGUUCAUCACAGACAGAAAAUCCACUGGCAAAGUAGUGUUGGAGGUUAGAUAGGAAAUCCUGUUUCGUCAAGGUUGCCACAUAUCAGUGGGAAGGGUAAAUGUACAAAGGGUGCAUUUCUACCAACCAGUUGGAGAUUAGAUAGGAAAGCUUUCAUCAUCAUAUCAGAAGCUAUACGAGUUCAAAGCGUACAUAUCUACCAACCACUGUUUCCUCUCAUAGCCCACAGGCAACAAUCAGCUGGCAUACUUAAAACAAUUAUUCACUUUCAUAUUUCAAAACGAUUAUUGUGCACUUUGAUUAUCAAUUAUCAAAGCUCAGCUUAUGCAGAGUACAAUAGGUUACACAUAAUAAAGUAUCCUGCUUCCAGCUUUGCACUGAGUUAAAAGAAACUUUAUUGUCCUUUUUGUUUUCAGACAUUGAGGUCUGAUGUACAUAAUUUGACAUGUUUAUGAGUAGUAUACAAUGUGAUUUUGUACACUUCUGUCAACAUCUUCAGAGUUAGUCAAUUACACUUAAGAAUAACCACAUCAGGUACAAUGUACUUAAAUACCUGUUAUUUUUUAGUGUUUGGUUUCAGAUUCUUUGUACAAAAUGAUACACAUAUUUUCAUAGCCAUUAUACCUUUUGUACAGUCACUGCAUGCAAACAGAAUAUAUCAACUUAAACGAAAACAAGUGCUCCUUCUCUUUCAAAAGGAUUAGACUACUUUACAAUACAGCAUAGACAGAAGUAAGCAUAUACUAUAGCAAUGUCUCUAGUAGCAACAGUGACCAAACUCUUCAGUAAAUUUGGUCAAGUAGAGGUGGUAAGGUACCAAGGAAUGGGGAGAAUUAUCCAGUUCAGCAUUUUACGUGAAAAUGCACAAUAGUUCGAGUGACCAUACAUGUUCCUUCUAAACAUCUAAUAGUACACAGAACAGCUCAAAAGCUGCAUGUCUUUAGCCCGGAUGCCAGCCUUGCCAGUUUUAGUACUUUAAUACUCUUUUUGUUGCUUCCCUGCCAUGCCCAAAAGACCGAACCUGCACAUAUUUUAUCCGUUGCACUGGUUUGGCCUAUCAGUGUGCCUGUUCAGAUUCUGAACAAAUAUUCAAAUGCCAGAUGGAUAGAACAUGUGCAGGCAAGGCCAUUAUAAACAUGUACAUAGCCAGUAUAUAUAAUGUCCUCGGUGCAGUUUUAGUCUUUCUGACAGAGAAGCAAAGACUGGUAUCCAGGCUAUCAUCAUGUCUUCAUCUUUAACAAAUUUUCCUGAACGUGGACGUGUCAUGUUCUUCCAGCAUUUGUUGAAUCAUCAGACAUCUAUACAUACACAAAGCUCUUCCCUUGCCUAGCCUCCAUAGCAGGC